UAAUAAUGUAACAUUGUCGUUUUGUAGUUGUGUUUAGUAAAAUAUGACCUGAGUUUGUGUGCUGGUUUAUGUGCUGCGUCAAUAUUAAAAGGGCGAAGUAGCGGUUGCAUGCGUGGCAGUCGCCAGCGCGAAGUAGUUGCAUGUGUUGUAUGUCUUAUAUAAUAACCUGAUUGGUUUCUAGUUUAACAUUCAACGCUUCUGGUUAAACUCAAAAGUUUGAAACGUAAACAAACGUGAUAAAAACUUCACGGUUAACGGUGGCUUGCAAAUAGCUAUACUAUUGUAUUAGUACAUCUAAUUUAAUAUUCGACGGAAAUGGAAAAUGGUGUUUUUCUGGUGUUUUUGAUAGUAUUAUAUUGCUCUCCUUUUUUAUUUCUAGCCACGUAAGAAAUAACCUGUGGUGAUCUAAACUUUUGUCACUGCCGUCAUCUUAUUUUAGACUAUCUAGCGCAUGCGCAGACAAAUUUCCUCAAUGUUCGUGAAACAGAGUAAUAAUGUAGAAAAUAGUAUACAGCAUGUCUUAAAAAGUAUGUUAGCCACACGUUUUUUCACCACAAAGGUUGUCCGCAUUUCAGGUUUUGAUUUUCAAAGAUGGCUGGUAAUACGAAACGGGAAGUCGACAAGGCUAUAGCGGGUAUGAACAAAGGAAGCGACAAAAAAGAGGAGAUUCGAAUGAUGAUGGCACCUUACGCAAAUUGGGACAGCUUCCUUUCCCCGGCUCCUUUGUCCAUCGCUUUGCUCGGCCAGUUGAUUCUCGUAUCUUCCGACGCCGAUUUCAGUCUUCAAAAUGAAAAAGGAAACCUGAAAUUCAAGUAUCUCAAGUACCCCGACUCGUUCCGGGCCUGUCUAGUCCAAGUUAGCAAUCGAGGAUGGGAUGCCUUCAACAGGGCGCACACCUCCAUGGAUCAAAUCCGUCAUUUCUCGAACAACGUCGACAAGCACGUCAAAACAGCGGUGAAAUUUCUGGUCGCUGGCACGGCGGAAGAUAUCGAAUUGAUGGUCCCCGAUGCACUUAAAAACAUCGAACGAAUCGCAGACGAUUGUUUAGAGCUGUCCACGUCGGUCGAAAAAGAGUUCGUUGACGUGAUGAAGUUGAUAGCAGAACUGCUCGAAGCGUGUACGAAGAAAAAAGGGCAGCAGGAGAAGAGUUUGAGAGAUGCUAAGAUCGCUCGCUCGGUGGCCGAACAGCACAUGAAGGCGAUAGAUGCUGAGAAAGAACAAGCUGAGAAACGACAAAAACAAUUGGAAAAGCAAAUGAAGGAAGCGGAUGAAAAGUUCAAAAAAGCUAUCAACUCUAUGCCCGACGAAUGGGAUAUGAUUGGCCUGGCCUUCGUUGUUACCUUGAUGAGUACGACUCGCGCAUGCACCUCAAUUCCCAGCAUGAUGAUGAUGGAAAGAUUGCUCCGGCAAGCCCCCGAUGCCAGCGAAGCGGUCGGACCUUCUCCAGUGGAGCGUCCAAAGAAUCCUGAGAACGUGAUGGAGAUUCAUAAAAUCGUGCCUGACAUUUACUGCGAAGUAGAAAUUCUUGGAAAUCUUGCAUUGAACGGCAUGAAAAGUGGCGACGCUGCGAAGAUAACGGUAGGGCGCGCAAAAAAAAAACUCGAAAGGAUUAAGGAAAAUUACCUGGACAAUGGGAAGAAUUCGGAGAUAAAAAGGAAAGCGAUGAAACUAUGCAAAGGAGCGAUUGAUCUUUGCCAAGCCUUGUCGUCUAUAAAACCACGAAUGGCCGGCUCCGAAGAAGAAUUUCAAAAGAUCAAUGAAAAAGCGAAAAUUCUUCGUGAAGAAGCUGACCCCUUACUAGCUGGAUCGCAUUUUUUUCUUGGUAGCAACGCACUUCAGAAUACAUCUCCAAAUCUCGCCAAACAGCCAGCUCCUGACAGCGAAGGUGGCCAGGAGGCCAUGGGUAGUUAUCGCUUCAAGACGGAAACAGCAAAGGAAAUGUUGAAGGAUUCUCGUCGUGCAUACGACAAAUCCUGUGAGGAAGUCGCCCAGAAGGCAAGGGAAGUCAGUAAUCUUCUCGCCGAAAUAGAAGAACUCGAUCUCAAGGAGAUAGAUAUUGAAAAAAUCAGAAAGACGUUGAUAAAGGGAAUCACAGCUCUUGGUGAACUGCGUGAACAGUGGGGCAAGCUGGUCGGGUUCUUCCAAAUGCUGGCCAAUAUUGUCAAGUGUUGCCUUAACACGUCCCUCAAAAACUUCGUACAAACCUCCCGUAAUCGUUUAACCCAAGGUAACAGCGGAAUGUCGGCUGCCAUGCGUGACGUCAUCUUCGAGCAAGCCUUUCAAGCCAAUCAAAUCGCGUAUGUGGUUCACAGCAUCUCCAGCGUGUACGUGGAAGUAUCCCAUAAGCAUUUGAUGGAGCGCAUCACCUGCCUGGGUAAGUUGAUCCCGCUGGACCCAACCAGGGAUGAACACGAGAUCGAUAUCAAGCGAGAGGAGCUGAACCGAGGUUGUAAGGAAGCUCAGGAGGCCAUUCGUAAUAUUGCUCUUGAGAAGAAGAGGGAAAUGGAUAAAGCAUUUGACGACAGGAUUGGAAGAAUCGAGAGCGAAGUGGAAACAUUGCUACCACCAAUUUCGGAAGCGAAGGUCAUGGAGAUAAGAGGAAAGGUUCAGUCCAUGAUUGCAGAUUUAAAAGCUGAUAUUGACGACGAGGUAAAUGACUUGUCUUAAACAGUUAUUAAAAU